AUGACUACAUAUAAUAGGAGAAGUAUCUUAGUGGCUCUAGCUGUAGGUUUAACAGGGAUAACAGGUUAUUAUCUACUAAAGUCCCUAAGAGGACGCAAAGGUAGGAUGCAAGAUCUAAUUAAAAUACUUAAACCAACAUCAUCCUGUAAUAGUGAUAACUCUAGUUGUUCUUGUGGUGACAAUCUCAAAGUAAAGAUAACUCAAUCUAAUAAAUUAUCUGUAGUAAAGAGAGAUCAAGAAAAUAAUAAAGUUCCAGGAAUUGGUCGAAUAAUGAUGCGUAAUUUUGGGUGUAACCAUAACAGAAGUGAUUCGGAAAGUAUGAAUGGACUUUUAGUUGAAUAUGGAUAUGAAAUAGUUAAUGAGUUAGACGACUGCGAUUUGAUUGUAAUUAACAGCUGUACAGUGAAAAGUCCUAGUGAAAUGUCGUGUAGGAAUCUGGUUGAGACAGCCUUAAAUAAGAAGAAAUUUGUAGUAGUUACAGGAUGUAUUCCCCAAGCAGAAAGAACCUUACCUUGGUUAAAGAACGUUUCAGUAUUAGGAGUAUCAUACACUCAUCGUAUAGUGGAGAUUGUAGAAUUGACUCUUCAGGGAAAUAUAGUAGAAAUGAUAAGCAUGAAUAGUGACUUAAGUGCUAUAGGUACAACAAAAAAACAAGAUAAAGCCACUUUUUCAAGAUUACCACCAUUAAAUUUGCCUAAAAUAAGAAAGAAUCCAUUAGUGGAAAUUAUUACAGUAUCUGUAGGAUGUCUGGGAAAUUGUACUUAUUGCAAGACAAAGUACUCUAGAGGAAACUUAGGAAGCUAUACUAUUGAGACUAUCUUGAAUAGAGUGAAGACUAGUUUAAAAGAGGGGAUUAAACAAAUAUGGUUAACAUCAGAAGAUACGGGUGCAUAUGGUAAAGAUAUUGGAACUAAUCUUUCAUCACUUAUUUACCAGAUCUUGAAUAUUAUUCCUCCAGAUGUGAUGAUACGCAUAGGUAUGACAAAUCCUCCCUAUAUCUUAAACCAAAUUCAGGAUAUGGUGGAAGUUUUAUCACAUCCAAAUGUUUUCGAAUUUCUUCAUAUUCCAGUACAAAGUGGAAGUAAUAAGGUUUUGACUAAUAUGAGACGUGACUAUACGAGAGAAGACUUCUGCAAAUUAGUAGAUGAAAUUAGUAGUCAGUUGUCAUUGAUAACAAUAGCUACUGAUAUAAUUUGUGGUUUCCCUGGUGAAACAGAAGAGGAUCAUCAAGAUACAGUAGAGUUAAUUAAGAAGUACAAAUUCCCAGUUAUUAAUAUUUCUAAAUUUUAUCCUAGACCUGGAACCCCUGCAGCUAAAAUGAAGGCAGUUCCGAAUGGAAUCUCAAAGAGACGAAGUCUUGAAAUCACUAACAUCUUGCAUAGUUUGAAGUACAAUGAGGAGCUUUUAGAAAAAUUAAGACUGAAUAUGAAAUACAACUUAUCAACUUCAAUUUCAGAUAUUAUAGUUAGGGUUUGGUUUAUAGAAAAUUCAGAUAUUAGUAUACAUACAAUCGGGCAUACUAAACAAUACACUAAAGUUAUUGUUGAGAAGGAUGAUAAACUUCUCGGUAAAGUUGCCUUAGUUAAGCUUAUAAAGCCUGAAAGAUGGCACUUUGAAGGGGAAGUUAUAUCAUUACUAGACUUUUGA